CCCACCCACCCCCCAAUUUGCGACUGCUUGUGAAUAUUUCUAAAUAUUUUUGGGAGUAAUGGGUUCAUUUCUAUAGAUCCAGAUGAUAUGUUCUUUUUUCUACAUGCAUCUAUAGAUCAUCGCACAGGAGGGAUGCGGGGCUCCGGCGGGAAAUAUUUGCCGAUGACGAUGAUGAUGAUGCUGCCGGAGGAUUUGUUGAUUGAGAUUUUGACCAGGCUUCAGGGCAAGCCAUUGGGACUCUGUAAAUGUGUGUGCAAGUCUUGGUUAUCCAUGAUCAAGAGCCGCACUUUUUUCGAGGUUUACCGGAGUCGGGAACCAAGCCUGAUAAUGUACUGGGCAGAGGAAAUUCACUGGCAAGGCUUUCGCCUGAAUUCCGUUUACUCCACUCUCCGACGAUCCAAGGAGUCCGCAGAAGAAUUCAAUCAACUAAGCCAAUUAAAGGGGCUGAGUAGUUAUAACAAAUGGGAAGAGUUGACCACCGAGGUGGUCAACGGCCUCAUAUGUGUCCGUGAAUCAAAUCUCCGGUUACGUAUUUACAACCUCUGUACCGGGCAGGGGAUGAGACUUCCUGACCCUUUAUCUUGUACUAGUAAUCGGCUGAUCAAGUUUUAUCUUGGGUAUGAUCCCAGAAUCAAGGUGUACAAAUUGCUUCAAUUGGUAUUUACCAAUCAGCUGACUGCCCUGGUAAUGACCUUAAGACCAUCUAAUUCAUUAUCUGAAUGGAGGAAGUUGGACAAUGAUGGAUGUGGUCUGAGUGUCCGACCGGCACCGGCCGGUGUGAAUUCUCUCUCGGAAGGUUCAGUUUUAGCUGAUGGGUUCCUAUGGUGGUUAUGUAGGAACUAUUAUUUGUUGUCUUUUGAUCUCAACAAUGAGAAGUUCGAAUUGGUUAAGGUUCCAGCGGAUGUUAGAAGUACGUUUCAUUCUCGCAUUGUUUUCAUUCAAUCCAUGGGGCGACCGGCUAUAUGGGUUAUUAUUUCCGGAUGUUUUGUGCUCUUUGUGUUUGAAAAUGAUAACACAUGGAGCAAGCAUUGUGUACCAUUUCCUCAAGAGCUUGGCCGGGUGGAGUGGAUUGUGGAUGCAGGAAAUCUUCCUACUGGUGAAAUUCUGUUGAUGAAUGUGGAGUUUAGGUAUGAAGAUUUCCUUCCUUCUUCUGAAAUUCUUCCAAUGGAUGUGGAGUUGAUGAUGGGUGAGCCUUCUUUGAGAUAUAAGGAUUACAAGACGCCAGUUUAUGCUUAUAAUCAUCGCACGAACAAGUUUGAUCGAUUUCUAGUUGGGAAACUUUACAAAAACGAGAGUCUUUAUUAUCAGCGUGGCCCCUGUUCAAAGCAUAUCCGCCGUGGGAUUGCCAAGGUAUCUUGUUUGCAUCAUAAUAACAAUGUAUAUCUACCCCUGGAGGAUGUUCUAAGUGGUUCCUACGAAUUCACGAAUUGAGGAAUUUGCCCCAUAGGGUGGCUGAUAGUUUGGCGAAAACUUGGUUUCGAAUUUCAUCUUCUAGGACUACAUAUUUUGGAACAGCCGCCAAUAGAUGAUGCUUUUGACUGUUGAUUGACUAGAAACAACCCUAUCUCAGAGUCAGACUCUGAGAGGGAUGAAGUGUGAAUAAACUCAAAACCCUUAGAAAUAUGUUGUUUGGUAUUUAGUCAUUGGUUUAAUCAAAAUUUUCCUUGAUAGGGUGAGUGCUAGAUAUAGUGCUAGUACUUGGAGAGUUUUCUAGUAUUCUAUUGGAGAGGAUAGCUAGAGUUCUCUUGGUGAGGUUGUGAGAGUGCAAGUGUUGUACAUUGUAUUUUGUAUAGAGUUGAUAAUAUAAGAGACAGGGGCUAGUUGGUUCCGGGGCUUGGAGCCCGUUCCACGCAUUUGUCGUGUUGUUGUUGCUUGUUCAUUCUCCCAAACUCACGUUAUCUUGUG